AUGGAAGCAGCAGGAUAUAUCAUCCGAGCAAUCUCCUCGAAACACGAUACUGAAAACCCAAUAUAUGUAGCGCAAACUGCACUUAUUGUACUCUCACCUGUUCUCAUGGCCGCUGCUUGCUAUACUAUUUUUGUGAGGGAGAAUACUCUACCACGUCGUUCCGAAGGAGCACGAACCACCAAGCUCUUCUGGAUUCCUCCUCGGUUCAUAACUCCUAUUUUCGUAAUGUGCGAUUUCCCUCUAGUCGGAGUCGCAAUCCAGAUGGCAUGCUUUGGACUUUUCUCCAUCAUCGCUAUCCGCUUCAAUUUCACAUCUCGACGCUUUGUAUCGGAGUUUCAGCAACGCAUUACUCUUCCAAUGGAUAGCGAGAGCAAGAAUGAGAAAGAUAAAUUUGUGAUAAUCGACGAAGCAGAAAAAGAACUCAACCCAAAUUGGCAGACGCUAUUACAGGUCGUCACUAUUACUUGCGUGUUGAUUUUGAUCAAGAAUGUUUUUCGCAUGGGGGAUUUUGCGCUGGGGAGAACGGGGUAUACGGAGGAACAUGAGUGGUGGUGA